CGCCCAAGUCACAGGAGGGGAUACGCAAGCCUCUGGUUUACUGGGCUAUGAUUUUGUUGUCUCCUUGGCAUGAUGUUCUACUUCUUUUGUAGCCAUCUUUCUGUCACACAAAACGAGGCCUUAAAAAACAACAACUAAAGGCUAACAACACGCUUUAAUUUGUUAGUAACUAGAAACCUGCAAACAGCGUUAGUGAACAGUGCAGCACUGCGCUUCUAAGACGUUGCACGUAUUACGCUGCAUAGUGCAUUUUUCAGUCUAGGCUAAUAUUAAUAAUCAAAAAGGGAUGGGAUAAGGUUGAGAAAAGUGCCGAAUUAAUGGAUGAAUUUAGGACGGAGCCUCUUUCAACCACCACUUGUAUCCUUGAGGAGGAUGCGGGAUCAGGAGUUCAAGGAUUGAGAUUAGCCCAAGUUCACAUGCGCGUCUACGAUGCAUGAAUUUGAAGACGUCUGCUGGAAAUCUAUCAACGAACAAGAUGUUGCAGGAGGUCGUGCACAGCCUCUGUGGCUGGUGUAAGCGUGGCUGUUGACUUGAGAGCCUUGAUGGCAGCCUUAGUAAGCAGCUUCCGCCGGACUUAUCAUUAAGCCGGCCACCGCGGACAUUCCAAUACUUAUUCAAGCAUUUCUCAAUAUAAGAGUACCAUCCUUACGCCCCUGGCUUGCCACACAAGAACAUUGCGCCGACUUGUUGUCGGUUGGUUAAACCGGCUGACCUGUCUCGGAGGCACUUUCAAGAUCCAAGCCCAGAAUGAGACCGCCUGAAUGCAAAACUCACAGGCCCUUGCGACGGCCACGGAAACAAAAACCAAUUUUGACUUGGCUGCUAACGCCUUGAACGAACAAGCAACGCUAAGGGACUCUUCUCAUCGCGUUUGGAUCUAGUAUGCGAUAGGUCUAGACUAGAAUGUGUAAGCCCAGCAGUUGACAAUGUCUUACGCCGAUGGAUCCAUGGAGACCCACUCGAAUCCUGAGCAAGCAUUGCUACACGAAGCCUGCAUGAUAGGGAGCCGCCCCUAACAUGCUACACGAAGUAUGCAUGAACGAGAUCACACCCUAUGUUAGACUGCGCCGCAGCAACCUUUGGUAUAAGCUUCAUUCUGUGAGAUGAACUUGUCGUAUUUAUACCGGGAGAAAUCUCAGCUCCUGAGUUGAACUGAUGGCUCUACGUUUCUGUCUUUUAACGGCAAACUAAUAUCACUUUUCGCUUUCUGUUUCUACUCCUCCUUCUCCUUAGCUCUUUCUUGUGCGAAAUUCCCCAUUACACAUAGUAGUCAGCCAUGAACUCCAAACAAAGAACCAAGGUGGCGUCUUCAACGCGUAUCCAACACAACACAGAAGACCACGAUGCCCCCGCCAUUUCUCUGUCCACCAAGUACAGAGAUGGUGCUUCGGACGAGUUCGAGUUCGGCGGCUCGCUUGGAACUUCAGCGCUGAUGAUCGGGUUCCCCUUAGUGAUGUGGUACAUGUGGGUUGGCGCAACAUACUACGACGGUCAAGUUCCGCUGCCCGCACCUGGCCAGAGCUGGCCUGAAUUCAGCCGUCACCUUGCCCAUCUUGUCUAUGAGGGAGCCUACCCGACGACCAAGGCUUGGUCCGUCUACUGGAUCUUCUUCAUCGGCGAGGCCCUCAUGUACUGCUACAUGCCUGGCGUGCUCAACUAUGGGCGCCCGCUCCGUCACGAGGGGGGCAAGCGGCUUCCCUACUACUGCUCGGCCUACACCAGCUUCUACGCGACGCUCGCCAUCGCCGCCGUCCUGCACGCCACCGGAAUCUUCCCGCUCUACACAUUGAUCGACGAGUUCGGGUCUCUCAUGACCGUCGCCAUCCUUUCCGGGUUCCUGAACAGUUUCGUCGUCUACUUUCAGGCCGUCAUCCGCGGACGCACGCACCGGCUCACGGGCUACCCGAUCUACGACUUCUUCAUGGGCGCCGAGCUGAACCCGCGCAUCGGCAUCCUUGAUUUCAAAAUGUUCUACGAGGUCCGGAUCCCGUGGUUCAUCUUGUUCCUCAUCACAUGCUCGGUCGCUGCCCGGCAAUACGAGCGGUACGGAUACGUCUCGGGCGAGGUGGUGUUUCUGGCCGGCGCACACUACCUCUACGCCAACGCCUGUGCCAAAGCAGAGCAGAUGAUCAUCACCAGCUGGGACAUGUACUUCGAGAAGCUCGGGUUUCUGCUCACCUUCUGGAACAUGGCCGGCGUGCCGUUCACUUACUGCCACUGCGCCCUGUACCUCGCCAACCACGACCCUUCCGAGUACCACUGGAACCACUUUGCUCUAACCGCACUGAGUGUCGCCUAUUUCUUCUUCUACUGGAUGUGGGACAGCGCCAACGGCCAGAAGAACGCGUUCCGGCACCAGGAGAGGGGCCAGCUGGUCAGGCGCAGGACGUUCCCCCAGGUGCCCUGGCAGGCGAUCGAGAAUCCCAAGGUCAUCGAGACGGAAGCGGGCGACCGCAUCAUGGUGGACGGGUGGUUCGCCAUCAUCCGGAAGCCGAACUAUGUCCCGGACAUGUUCUUCUCGUUUUCGUGGGGCCUGAUCACCGGGUUCAAGAGCCCGUUUCCCUGGUUCUAUUUCGUCUUCUUCAUGGUCAUGAUCAUCCACCGCACCAACAGAGACAUGAACCGAUGCCGAAGAAAGUACGGCGAGGCUUGGAAGCAGUAUGAAAGAGAGGUCCCAUACCUUUUCAUCCCAGUGAGUUUGUAUCUGAUCAGUGCCUCUUGGGACCUGAAACUAAAUAAUUUCAAGUACGUCAUCUAG